GGAGAUGUAGCGAGAUACAUUGUUUUUGUUUUUUCAUUGCAGGUGUUUACCUCCACGUCCUGGCUGACACAUUGGGCAGCGUGGGCGUCAUCAUCUCCACCAUCCUCAUCCGUCAGUUCGGCUGGUUGAUCGCGGACCCAAUCUGCUCGCUCUUCAUCGCCGUGCUCAUCUUCCUCAGCGUCAUCCCUCUGCUGAAGGACGCCUGCGAGGUGCUUCUUCUGAGAAUCCCCCAAGAGAAUGAGAAGGAGCUGACCAGUGCGCUGGAGAAGAUCGAGAAGAUAGAAGGAGUGUUGUCGUACAGAGACGCUCAUUUCUGGAGGCACUCGGCCAACAUGGUGGCGGGGACCAUCCACCUGCAGAUCAUGGCAGACGUGGUGGAGCAGAGGAUCGUUCAGCAGGUGACUGCCAUUUUGAAAGACGCCGGGGUGAACAAUCUGUCGGUGCAGGUGGAGAAGGAGGCGUACUUCCAGCACAUGUCGGGACUCAGCUCGGGAUUUCACGAAGUUCUUGCGAUGACGCAGCAGAUGGAGUCCAUUAAAUACCUGAACGAUGGGACACUUAUAAUGUAACGCAAAUAUUUUGGACCAAAUGAAACUUUUUCGGAUUCACUGUUUUUUAUUGAGAUGUACAGUAAAUGUAUGAAUGUGGUUUGAAUAAAUCUGAAUAUAUUGGCUUGCUG